AUGUAUAGUGUAAAAUCCCCCUUCGUUUUCCCCCACACCUCACAACACGCUCCCGCAUUUUCACCGUUCACACCUACCCACCCUACCACACACACAUUUACCAUGUCUGCUGUAACUCUCCAGGUUCCCACCGUGGAUCUCGUGAAGUGCGCAUCGCUCCCGCCCGUCGUGCGCGUCUCCUCCGUGCACUUCAACUCGCUCCCGACCCGUAGCAAGUCUUCGGCUGCUGGCGGCCGCAAGAUCCUGCACUCUCCCCCUCCCAAGUCCAAGGCCAAGCCCGUUCGCGUCUUCUCCUCUGAAGGCAAGAAGAGCGGUGCGACGCUGAAGGACAAAAUCGCGGUGGUGAAGGGCACCGGCAGGCGCUCUGACCUCGACUGGGUGCCCAUUCCGGGCUUCAAGCCAGUCGAGUACACGCUCCUCCCGGUCGCGGUCGCGCGGGGCCGCGCGGACAUCUCUCACCGUGCGUUCCCUAAGACUGCUCUUUGA